AUGUCGAAAAGACGUUGCUUGAGGGUGGAAUUGCUGCCCCACCAUGUAGUAGAGCGAAUCCUGGAGAGAGUUGCGGUGAAGUCUCUGCUGAGAUUCAAGGCCGUAUCGAAGCAAUGGAGAUCAACAAUUGAGUCCCAAUUCUUCCAAGGAAGACACUUGACGCAUCGUCAGCGAUCAGGAGAUCCAGAUGUUCUCAUGGUGUCCCCAACUACCCACCCGGACACUGGUCACACCCUAACAACACUGGUGUUGGGUUCAUCCUCAUCGGUCAAGAUCCCUGUUCCUUGGGAGGAGACGGACAAUACACCUUACCGUGUUUUCCAUAGUAGCUGUGACGGUCUCCUUUGUCUCUCUAAUCGCUACAAAUUUUUUGUGGUCAACCCCGCCACUCGAUGGUAUCGGGCUCUUCCUCCCUGUAGCUUUCAACAACUCUAUCAUCAAUCUCUUUUUGACUUUCAGUAUGGAUACUUUACGCCUGGAUUCGGUAAAGACGUAUUCUCGAGCACAUACAAGCCCGUUUGGUUAUUCAACUCUUUAGAAUUAGGCCUAAAAAACGCUACCACAUGCCAAGUUUUUGACUUUACCACCAACGCUUGGAGGUAUGUCACUCCAGCUGCUCCUUACCGCGUUCUUGCUCCCGUUAAGCCUGUGUUUGUUGAUGGGUCGCUUCAUUGGUUAACCGACUGCCUAGAAACCAAAGUUGUAUCUUUCGAUCUUCACACCGAAGCUUUUCAAGUCAUCUCUAAAGCUCCCUUUGCGAUCAAUUCCUCCCCCAAUCCUCUCGGGAUGGUCAUGUGCAACCUCGACAACCGCUUGUGCGUAUCUGAGAUGAAGCGGCCACACCAAGUGAUAUGGUCGUUCAAUUCAAACAACAAGACAUGGGACAAAAUGUAUUCUAUAGACCUGGAUUUUACCGUUGCUUUGCAUGGUAUCCCAAGAUUUACAAGUUACGCUCUCGUGCCACUAGCAAUUUUAAAGAAAAAGAAGAAGAAGAAGAAGAAGAAGAAGUUGUUGUUUUAUGAUCCUAAGCUAACUGGACAACUAUUUUAUGCAAGUGAUUCUGAAAUCAAACGGGAUGAAGUUGCUUUCUAGGCUAGAUCCACUGGACUUCCUGUUUGUUAUUUCCCGAGUUUAAUCUCUAUUUUAUAGAUUUGGUUAGU